CAAAUGACCACAUUGAAAUAACUUUUAUUUUGAAGUGAGAAAAGGAACCCGGAAAUAGUGUUUACUGUGAGAAAGUGGAGGGUGGGGUUACACCUGCCCUUGUGUUCUCUGAAAAGAUGGAUUCUACUGGGAAACCCUCCACAGCUCAAGUCUUACUAUUAACCACCAGCUCAGCACUGACUGCAGUCUUCUACUCUGUGUACAGGAGGAGGACAACAACAGUAGCAAGAUUAAAGGGAGCCAAGAGAGUGUCUAUUGAUCAGGAUCUGAAGAACAUCCUGACAGCAGCACCAGGAAAAUGUGUCCCUUACGCUGUGAUCGAAGGUGUUGUGAGAUCUGUUAAAGAAACCCUGAACAGCCAGUUUGUGGACAACUGCAAAGGGGUCAUCGAGAGGUUAACUCUAAAGGAGAAGAAGAUGGUGUGGAAUCGCACCACUCAUCUCUGGAAUGAGAGUGAAAAGGUCAUCCACCAGCGCACCAACACGGUGCCCUUUGACCUGGCAUCCCACGACAUGGCCAUGGCCGCCACCAUCCGGGUCAUCCGUCCCCUGGACUCAGAGCUAGACCUGGAGACCACUUACGAGAACUUUCACCCCACGGUCCAGUCCCUGACCAAUGUCAUUGGCCACUUCAUCAGCGGGGAGCGCCCUAAAGGUAUCCAUGAGACGGAGGAGAUGCUGCGUCUGGGGGAGAGUGUGACCGGGGUCGGGGAGCUGGUGCUGGACAACAACCUGGUGAAGCUCCAACCUCCCAAGCAGGGCCUGAGGUACUUCCUCAGCCGACUGGACUAUGACUCCCUGGUGGAGAAGCAGCAGAGCAGCGUCAGAGUCUGGAGGGUCCUGACUGCGUUGUUUGGUGUGGUAGCUUCUACGACGCUCCUCUUCAUCCUGUGGAAGCAGUGGGUUUACCACAGACAGAGGAGAAAGGAGAAGAACGUCCUGGAGGAGUUCAAGGAGCAUCAGAGGAAGAGGAUGAGGGAGCUGAAUGUAGAGGAGACCAGUGUUUCCCCUAGUGCCUGUACGGUGUGUCUGAGCCGGGAGCGUUCCUGUGUGUUCCUGGAGUGUGGGCAUGUCUGUGCCUGUGACCAGUGCUACCAGGCUCUUCCAGAGCCAAAGAAGUGUCCUAUCUGCAGGGCACCAAUAGAGAGGGUAGUACCGCUUUAUAACAGCUAAUGGACAAUGCCAUGGCGAUUGUAGCUGGACUAAUCUAAUGUUACUGAAAAUGUCACUGAAAAAAAGGAUUGUGUAUUUGUUUUUCUUUUUGUUUGUCUUUUUUUGUGUGACAGGAAAAUGACUGUGUAUCAUUUUAAGUGGGACUUGUAGCUUUAACAUUUCAUUGAAAGAUCCACCUUACUUGUAAUGCUGUGUUGUUAUUAUGCAUAUGUUGAUUUGAUUUAUAUCAGUUGAGGAAAAGAUGUGUCCUUUUUCCAUAGAGAGUUGUAGAAUCAACUCAGAAGUUGAAUGUCUUCACCUCAAUGUUUCUCCAAAGCACAUCAAAGCCAUUUUGAAUAAAGAACGAAAAACACAAAACAAAUCCUCAACUUAUUUUG